AUGGCCGACCUACUAACUGCUCUCUUCAUCCCACUGGACAUUUACAUUAUCUUUGUACCCGACUUCUAUCCUCUAGGAGAGGUAGGGUGUCGAAUACAUUACGUUCUCUGGGACAUUCUGAGUAACUGCAGCCUACUCAUCAUCACGGCCUUUACGAUCGAACGGUACAUAAUAGUGAUGAAACCUUUUUUUCGUCAAAAGCUGACGCUGAAUUCUCGAGUCUUCAAAAUCGUUGGUGUUAUAUGGCUCAUAUCAUUGAGUUUUUGUAUCCCUGACGUGUUCUACAUCGACCUCUUGGAAAGAAAGGAAUAUGUGUUUUGUUACUAUUCCUUGACAAAAAUUGUGAGCAUCGUGGUUGCUAUCGAAGUUUUUGUAUUCUUUUUAAUACCAAUGACUACGAUUCUGAUAAUGUACAUCAAAAUAAUGAUAAAAUUGAAGACGGCACAGAAGAAGCUACGAGGCAGCCCGGUUGUUGGAAAGCAGAACAGAGACAAGGCGGCGAAAAUGAUUGCGGCCGUAGCAGCAUCAUUCUUUCUCUCAUGGACACCCUACUGCAUAUUCCGUAUCAUGACAGUGUUCCCGAAAUUUAAAUAUGAAGAUUAUUACAAUGUGUGGAAGAUUGUCAACUACCUCUGUUAUAAUGGCUACAUGUCUACAGCUGCGAACCCAAUACUGUACAGUCUAAUGUCUCGGAAAUUUCGACAAGCGUUUAAAGAUUUGUUGAAGACGCCACGCGUUUUGAGCGGAAACAGCAUAACACAAAAGACAACAUCAACCCACGAUUCAAUAGUGUAAUAAAAAAACAUGGCCUUAUUAUUUCAAAAUGAAAUAAACGUAUUGUGGCUAU